CUGCCUUAUGCAUGGCGGAACAAUACGCAAAUCCAAAUUGACUUAUCAGUAUCAACAACUCAGACAGAUUCUUCACGUUUUGGCUUGCGCCGACUCAUCUCGUACGCGAAUGUCGUCGAAGCAGGCGUGUUUUUCGUUCUUGUUUGAAUCAUUUAGGUACAACAGCGCGAGCGCCGUAGUUUGGGUAUCAUUAGGAAGGAUAAUUACGCUUAUCAUGAUCAUCAUCAUCCUUUGAAUAGUAAGUACAUCAUCAUCAUCAUCAACAGCACCGUCGCUUAUCGUGAGAGUUACUUCGAGAGUUUUUAACUCAGAAAAAUAGCAGUGGUUUCUUCAAUCACGAAGCCGAUUGACUGGAUAGGAUAACGAAUAAAUUCAAAGUCAACAAAAUCUGUAAUGCUAAACUAGAUAGACCAACUUCACAAAGGAUCAGCAGCAAAGAUCAAAAAAAAAUUUUGCUUGGCUUUCAGCCUGCGAAGAAUCGGAAGCGCCUAGAAUCUUAGGGAUUUAGGGCUUAGGAAAUUCUUGCAGUCGAUGAGAGCAGGCAAAGGGCAGCGAACGCAAAAGCAGAAGAAAAGCAACAAAAGGCGAAAGGCUUCGAGCCGUUUGGAUCAGCUAGGCGAAGCGUAUGGCUAUGGCUAGCGUACAAAGCUCCAGGGCCUAGGGUCGUGAAGUUUGUAGCGCCGCACCGAAUCGCCGCGAUAGCGAUCAAACAAGGGCCAGGCCGCGCAGGCUAGUCGAUUGACAGAGUUAAGGCAGCGCGAAGAGCAUCCAGCAGGCUAACGCCGUGGCCGAUGGGCGUGCAGCGUACUGAAGCGGCGAGCAGCUCGAAAGAGUGCCAGCAGCUUAGUGGCGUGCAGCAACAUCGCGCACGGGCGAAAGCUGUUGAAAUCGCAAGCGCUCCGAGCUUAGUGCGUGCGUGUUGUGAGAAAUCACGAACAGCAGCGACAGGCGGGAAGCUUUGGCGAUGUGCCUAGUAGCGUGAUAGGGUUGCUUCAGAAAUUCACCAGACACCCACGAGGGGACUGACUUCAACUAAUCAGGCGGCUUUUAUUAGAUUUGGCACAGUUGAAUCGCUGCAAGUGAAGAGCGUUUUAAGCAGGAUUAACACAGCCGCAGGAAAGGAGCCCAUCCAAGAGAUCUAGGGGCGCCAGGGCUCAGCAAGUUUCAGAGUAAUUAAAGGGGCCGAGUUAUUUCGUAGCCCGCUUGCACUUUCCUGCAAUAAAAGAAUGAAGCGCGCAGAAAAAAUCUGAAGAAACUCAAAAAGCAAAAAUGACUGCAGUAGCCGCAUGAGAUAGAUAGAAGCAGCCUCGUAGGAUGUGUUUCGGUUCUAGUCGUUUGGUAAAUUUCGAACGAAUUCCGAAACGCCUUAGGCGGGAUAUGUCAGCACUGUGGCAGCAUGUGGCUGAAUAUGGUCAAGCCGUCUCGGAAUUGAUCGGAAAACCGCCAGAAGACUGCAGCUGAAGCAUAGCAAGACAGAUAGAGAGCACUGAAAAAGGCAGCCACGCGAGCAAAUUGGCCACAUUCGCAAAGCAGGAGCCGCGAAAUUCAGGCAAAGGCAUCGAGCCAAAUCGCUAGAAUCGCUCACAGCAUCGAUUUAGCUGGAUUAGGUUGGGCAGUUUGCUGAAUUUCGAACGCCAGGAAAUUUGAAAACCACACGAAGCGAAUCGCAGUAGCCCAGUAGCCUUGAACGAUUAAGAUCACGACAUAGGCGGGAUGUUUGGAUCGGUAAAAUCCCCAAUCCUACUAAUGUCGUGGAUCCAAAUCGUGCAAGAACUCAUGAGGAUCAUAGGCCUACGAAACAGGUAGGGAGAUCAUGCAAAGUAGCUAGGUUCAUAGAAAAUCAUAAAUGUAUAGGGCACCAGAUAGGGAAAUAGAUGCACACCAUUCACAGGAAAACCUGACUGAACACACUAGACAGGGCCAAGAUGGCUAUUUGUUACCGAAUAGAGAUUAGCAAUGCACGUCGUGCCAUCGUAGCUAGAUGCACUCCGCUCAUGGAGACUAGACGUGGAGCACGCCCUGUGUUCUCUCGAGUACGAUCCAACGACCACUGCCAGACAGGAUUGGGACUAUUUCCCAACAGCUCGACACACAGUUCCAACUUGAAGCGCUUGCUUUUAACGUUCCUAGACCACACCUUUAAACACCUUCUGCCUGUCAUAGCUAGUACGAAGCUCAGCAAAAACCACCCUAAUCGACACAAGCUACACCGGCAAGCACUUAGAGGACCACACUGUGAGCACAGUUGUGUAAGUAGCCUUCAUCUUUCUUUGCACUGACGAGUACGUCUUCGAUUCCACCAACAUAGAGUUUGUUAUAUUACUUACAAUCACAACCUACUCCUACACCUAGUAGUACCCGUAUUUCUGAUCGAAAUUAGACGCACUCAAAACUACCUGUUAAUUUUUCCUACUAUUUCCUCCGUCCUUGUCUACAACGAAAAGCGAAGAAAUUGACUCCGAGGUUGUUCUCGUCGUGCAGUAUAGUAAAUUUCUACCCGAAACAAAAAUGGCCCCGUCUGUAUUUACGAAGUUGGCAGCCGCUGGCGCCGUUGCCGGCAGCUCGGUGCUUUUCUCCUCGUUGCUGAACCUGACGUCGACUGAAGUGAGCCUCGUUUCGGCGGUGCGGGUUCAAGCGUCUUCUUCGGCGGAGUCGCGUGGUCGGUCCGCCUCGCCGGAUCAGAAGGGUGGUCCUUUCGCGGUUACCCUCGCCGGUCCACCUCGUCCACCUCGCUGGGCAGGAGUUCCUAAAACUCCAACUCCGGUUGUCACAAAGGAAGUAUCCUGUGCAAAAUAAAUAUCGCACUCGUACUAUUGCAAUCAUGCAUUACAAAUUUUUUUCUAAAAGUAAAUCCGCAUUACCACCUCAUGCUGGGGAAAUUUGCAAUGCAUUUCUUCGAGUGCGAUACUUUUGCAAUGGAUAGGAAGUACUAAACGAUGCCGAGCGGCGGCUGCGACGCCGGAUUGAAGAAAAUCUAGAGCGAAUAUGCCAGCUGAAGGGAAAAGCGCGGGAACUGGAACGCAAGGUGAAGGAGCGGAACCCGACACGGGGCAAAAAAAAAGGCCAGCUGAUUGCUGGUAUGGGGGCGUCGCCCGCGGUCUGCGGUGGCCUAAACACCCUUGCCGCGACAACUGUGCAUAGUUACCCUACCCCCGUUGCAAGCACCUGCUUUGGCGGUUGUGCCGUUGGGGGGGCCGCUGCGGUUGUUGUGGGCUGCGGAAUGGGUAUUGUAUAUGGGGCGCAGGAGUUUCGGUGGAGCCGUCAAGGGCAAAGACUCUAUCAAAAUGAAAAAUCCCCCCUCCCCAUAUCGAAACGAAGUUUCUGAUGCUGGAUUUCCGUACACAAAUCACAUUUGUCUUGCAAUAGAGGACUGCAGGCAUAUGCCAAGCCUCAGUCGAGAGGUUUUGACGUAGGUGCCUAGCAUGACAAACGUGUAUGCUCUAAGCCCAACAGCAUCACAAACCGCCUGCAAAAUGCGGGGCGCUCUCUGGACUUGCCUUCUUGCAAGACCNAUUCAACCACCUGCUGUGGGGUUCUGAGGGGUCUUGCCCUGUUUGGCAAGGUGGUGGUGAGGCGUGCUGGGCCUCGGUUUUGGGAGGUAGGCCCAGGACGCUUUACCCAGCCCCAACGGCGCGGUCCAACGGGCCGCUCGGGUUUAGGGAUACCACAUGGAAGGAACGAAACGAAAUCAGAAAAAUAGCAGUGGUUUCUUCAAUCACGAAGCCGAUUGACUGGAUAGGAUAACGAACAGAACGGUAGUGAUUUUUUAUGUUAAUGUUUACGCGUUUCAGAUUGCGCACGAUUUUGUUUUUGACCUCAUCUUCCGUUGUUGGUUAUUCCCUCUGACUACCAAGAAAAAGUACUAUUUAGCACCUUGAUUGUUUUAUUUACGAUUGCAUACCAGGAUAACGUAACCUGUACAUAGAUAUAUCUCACUCGUAGUUCCACCUACGUUUUUUAUAAAGCCUUGUAAACAUAGACGAUCUACAUCAAAAAUGUCCGUGACACUACAUGUACCAUUCGAAUCGCAUAUAGAUCGCACAAAAAGCGCACCAGCAGCACCAUCAAUCUUCCGCGACCUCCGGCGCCACACGACACACGAUAAUAUUGCCAAAAUCGUCGAAGCACCGCUGACCACGUAACUAACGACCAGCAGCAGCACGAGACCCACUUCUACGAUUAUUUCUAGGAGUACUAGUAGAUACGUAGUUGACGCGAAGCAUCGUGUUUGUUGUAGACAGCAAGAAAGAAAAGGCAGCGUGGUAAAAAAACAAAUGUAGCUGCUUGGGGGUCUGCAAUCAAGUUCAAGCGACACGUUGGGACUCGCAUAGAUAUCAAAGAUUGGAUGUCACUUGUUUCCUCGUAUGAUUUUUUCCUCUGUACAACCUGUUUCGAACCGAG